AGAGCCGGCUGCUGGGCUCAAGUUAUCACCCAGGGACAUCCAUUAUAUACUGUAGGUGUAUCUAGCCUCCAACUAUCCCAAACCAAACGCUGGUAAAAGUAAUGCAAAAAAGCCAAGCAAUUCCAAGAGGAUCACAGCAUGGACAAAGGAUGAUUUUUACAGGCCCCGAUGGAAUUGGAGACUACAGGCCAAGAUCAAAUUAUUUUCCCAGGUACAUCGGUGUGGGUGCCUCAUCACCUGAGGCCACAGGUGACCUCAGUUACUUUUGCCGAGCUGCGCCGCUCGCCCCCCCUCCGAUGCCCAAGCACAGCCAUGUGGGGGAGGUUGGCUGGGGCUGGCAGUAUAACCAGCUGUUGAACAGUGGGACACUGCGCAGCAAUAUGCAAAUUAAGAAAACUGACAUACGGGCAGCGUUGGAGGACCAAGUGACUCAGACGUUCCAGAGCAAACAAAAGAACAUUACAGAUGACUCACACCAAGUCAACACCAAAGUUUCACAAGGACAAUCAGAGCUAACAGCAGAUGGCAUUCUCCUACCUACGGCGGCUGUAGGACCUGACUGUUAAUGAGAUGUGUCACGUUUGAUUAAAUAUCUUUUAAUCCCUGUAACAUGUUGACUUUUCAACACACUUUCACACCCUCUAGCCUGAAUGACUCGGAGAAACUGGCACAUUUUGGAAUAUGAAAUAUAAAGUUAGAUCACUGAAACUGAACUAGAGUGUACCUGAAUAUAUAAACUGGUCCAGCAAGAGCCGAAUUGUCGCCUUUGUCAGAGUUUUCACAAUUUGCUCGAAGCAUAUAACAGGUCAGACAUAGCAUUGAUUCCUCAAACUGAAGAUUAUCUCCAAAAAUUAUAACCAAGAUCAUAUUGUUUAUCCGAGGUCCGGCUCCCCUCUCACAGCAUCAUAGUUUUAGACUUUGGGUUUCUGUAUGAAAAGCCUGGUAAUCCAUCCCCACAGGGACAGCAAUCAUAUUCACUUAUGUAUGGUGUAGAUAACCACACAGGUUGUUUACCACAAGAGAAGCCAUCAAUUUUCAUAUAAUGAGUCACACACAAACAUCCAUUUCUCAAGGUCAGCUACAAUUUGCCAGUAAUACCAAUAAUAUCACGAAAAUAGGCUGUCCUAAUCUAACACCCACCUAAAGGAAUUUUGUGCUGAACGCUGUGAAGACAGAGGAUUGUAUGUCCUUACGAGACAGUAAGUGCAUGCCACAUCCAUCUUGACUCAAAAGCAUCAAAACCAGAAAGGUUGGUUAGGUUAAGUCAGGGACUCUGUUCAGAAUAGCCUAAUCAGUAUUUUUUCCCUAUAGCUCUGAAACAAAGUAACUGUCCACUUAUGGCCCAUUGCCAUCUUUUAAAUGAGUCGUUUAAAUUAGGCAACUGAUGAGUUUUUUUCAUCCUGUUUAAUCUUGCCUUGCCACCUGUGCCUGAAUAAACGAUUUACUUGACUGUCCACAAAUCAUUAAACUUUCUUCCACCCUUACUCACAGCACUGGUUCUCCGAAAAAACAAACUAUGUACUCUAUGCUCUAUACCCCCGUGUCUCACCCUACCUACCUUACCUAUAGUGUACCCUGCCCAACUCUAUAUUAACAGGGACAGUGUGGAAUAGUUUCCCACCUUCCCAUCUCCAGGAGCUUCUCCUGGACUACAAACACCACUGUGGCCGUUAAUAGUGAUGAGCAAAAAUUAACAAACAUAUUUUUGGAUGACUCUUCUUAGUUUCAGUCUGUUGAGCAUAUCGAGUGCACGCUGCAAUCACUCCAAACAAAGGAAGUGGAACACCCUGUGGGAGUCACUUUUCUCCAACAACAAUGUAAUUAACUUGUUUUGGUUAGUUUGGUUAGUUACAGUAAUUGCAUUGAACUUAUUUGUCUAUGGUUUUACACUGUUUUUUGAGGAGACACACUGAUUUGUGAUAUUGUGAUAGC